UAAAGUCUCAAGUAAGCGUGCUGAUGCACAGGCAGAAUUUGCAGCGAAACUGGAACAAGCUAAAGCUUUACAAGAAAUUCACAAUCAACAAGCUAAGCUUGAUAAGAUGAAGCAUGACUGGAAGCUUUGUGAAUCGAGAAUGUUAGCGGAGAUAAAGCAGAAGGAGGCUGAAAUGCAGUUAAGGCUAGUUGAGGAAAAGAAACGGCUACAACAGUUACAAGUUGACAAAGAAGUUAAAGUAGCAGCAGCUCGUGUCAAAGUGUAUAACGAUUUAGAAGGCAACCUUCAUCGCUGUGAAGAUGAGGAAGGCCCUAGCAUUCACACUGGCUGCCAAAGGACAGAGCUUACAUCUCAACUGAACCCGGAAGCACAGUCGUUCCUACCUCAGCAAGCAUCAUGUGAAGGAUAUGGAGUUACAUCACCUCAGGAAACUGCAAAUCUAGCUCAAGCAAUAGCAAACUCACUAAGCACACAUUGGCUGCCUGUUCCAGAACCCACUGUCUUUGUUGGUGACCCUUUAAAAUUCAUAGAUUGGAAGAUGUCAUUCAUGGCCCUCAUUGAUCGAAAACCUCUUCCUUCUGGUGAAAAAAUGUUCUAUCUGAAGAAUUACCUUGCUGGGGAAGCUCGCAAAGCGGUAGAGGGAUAUUUCUACAGAAAUUCUGAGGAUGCGUAUCAAGGUGCCUGGAAAGUGUUACAGGAAAGGUACGGGAACUCGUUCGUCAUCCAAAGAGCGUUUCGAGACAAGCUGAUGAGAUGGCCCAAAAUUGGAGCAAAUGACCCACUGGCAUUACGAGACUUCACAGAUUUCCUACAAGGUUGUGUCGAGGCAAUUCCUCACGUAAAAGGAUUAGCCAUCCUAAAUGAUUCUGAAGAAAACCACAAGCUGUUAAAGAAACUCCCCGAAUGGAUUGUGAGAAAGUGGAACCGAAUCGUGGUGGAAGAGCUAGACACAUCAGGUGACUAUCCAAGUUUCAAAUGCUUCACAGAAUUUCUGCAAAAGGAAGCAAAAAUAGCUUGUAACCCUAUAACCUCUGCACUAUUUGUGAAUCAAAGGAACACAGAUGAAAGGUUCCCCAAGCGCGCUAAGGCUCUCAGUACAAAGGUUCAGGUGAAGGACUUAAGCUCAAAAAGACCAGAGACGUACAGCUCUAAGCCAAAGACAUCGUGCCUUUUCUGCAAAGAUGAAAAACAUCACAUUGCUCAAUGCUCUACAUUUGCUGGAAAGACUAUUGAAGAAAAGAAAGCCUUCAUUCACGAAACUCACCUCUGUUUCGGUUGUCUCAGAAAGGGACACAUGAGUAAAGACUGUAGAAGAAGACAUACAUGUGGUACGUGUGGUCGAAGUCAUCCUACCUGCUUACAUGAAGAAAGGGAUAAAGCUCCUUCAAAGGACCCUAAAGGAGCAUCUACGAAUGUUCAAGCAAGUGAGGAAGUUCAUAAAGUCAUGACCCACGCACUCACUCAAUGUUCUCCUGCUACUUCCAGCAUUGUACCAGUUUUCAUCUCUACAGUGGACGAACCCCAAAGAGAAGUACUAACUUAUGCUCUACUUGACACCCAGAGCGACUCAAGUUUCAUCUUGGAAGAUCUUCUUGAAAGUUUGAAUGUUGUCUCACAACCUGUGCAAUUGAGGCUCAGCACCAUGACAGCUGCUGACACGAUCACUGCCAGUAAGAGAGUCUGUGGACUUAAAGUAAGAGGACUACAAUCUGCAAGUUCUAUACCACUACAGCAAGCAUACACAAGAGACUUCAUUCCAGUAGACAAGUCGUAUAUUCCCACCAAGCACACAGCGCUUCAGUGGAGUCACCUCAGACACUUAGCAAGUCAGCUGUCACCACUUUUGAACUGUGAAGUCGGACUUUUAAUUGGAUUUGACUGCCCAUCUGCUCUAGCUCCCUUGGAAGCAAUUAUAGGUGGUGAAAAUGAGCCUUUCGCGCAAAGAACUGUGCUUGGGUGGAGUAUUAUAGGCCUGUCUAAUCCACACCUUGACCGACAAGGAAAUCAGAGUUUUGUCCACCGUGUUGCAGUAAAGGAAAUACCUGUCCCAUCGGCCAAUGAUAUCCUGAAAAUUCUUGAGUCCGAUUUCAAUGAAAAGGCUUAUGAGGAUAAAUGUGUGUCACAAGAGGAUGUUCGUUUCAUACAGCACCUCAGUGCCAAUAUUCAUCAGAAGGAUAAUGGACAUUACGAGCUUCCUCUCCCAUUUAAGUGCAGCAGCCGACCCUCACUACCCAACAACAAAGGGCUAGCAACUGCUCGACUACAACACCUAAAGAAACGGCUCAAGUCCAAUAAACAGUAUUAUGAUCACUACAAGGCUUUCAUGGAAGAGAUGAUUAUCAAAGGUGAUGCAGAACAAGCUCCAGCUAUACUAAGUGGAGAGACAGUGUGGUACAUCCCACACCAUGGGGUGUACCACCCUCAGAAACCCAACAAGCUGAGGGUGGUAUUCGAUUGUUCAGCAAAGUUUUGUGGUAUAUCAUUAAAUGACACACUUCUGACUGGGCCUGAUCUAACCAAUUCCUUGGUGGGAGUGCUGUGCCGUUUCAGAAAGGAGCCAGUUGCAGUUACCUGUGACAUAGAGAAGAUGUUUCACCAGUUUCUCGUCCCACCUGAUGAACGCAAUUACCUGAGAUUCUUAUGGUGGGAGGGUGGAGACUUGGAGAAAGAGCCUCAAGAAUAUCGCAUGGCAGUCCACCUCUUUGGUGCCACGUCUUCACCUGGGUGUGCUAACUUCGGCCUAAAGUACCUGGCACAGCAGCACAAGGUUAACUAUCCUUCAGCCUCAGCAUUCAUUGAGAAGAACUUUUAUGUGGAUGAUGGGUUAACCAGUGUUCCCUCAACCAGUGAAGCCAAAGAACUAAUAAUGCAAGCUCAAAGAGUGUGUAAACAUGGAGGUUUACGGCUUCACAAAUUUAACUCAAAUAAGGAAGACGUUCUGAGUUGUUUAAACCCGUUAGAAAAGGCAACAACAUCAAAGCCUCUUGACUUUAAUCUUGAAGCAACACCAGCUGGACGUGUACUCGGCAUUCAAUGGUCAACAAAGGAUGACACAUUCAGUUUCAGCAUCGACCUGAAGGAUCAACCAUUGACUCGCCGUGGUAUUCUGUCUGUUAUAGCCUCUCUAUAUGACCCUCUUGGGUUUGUCGCCCCAUUUAUUCUACAGGGAAAGUGUAUCCUACAAGAACUUUGUCGUAGAGGUACUGAAUGGGACAACGAACUUCCUGAUGACUUGCGUCCUCAAUGGGUGGAUUGGAAAAACGAUCUUCUGAAACUCAAGGAAGUAUUGAUACCAAGAUGUUAUCACCCACAUACCUUCAGUGAAAUAGUCAGAACAGAGUUACACCACUUCUCUGAUGCGAGUAAUGUAGGAUAUGGUGCUUGUUCCUACCUCCGCUUCAAAAAUGAAAAGAGUGAAGUCCACUGCAGUCUGGUGAUGGCUAAAGCCAGGGUCUCACCUACAAAGGUCAUAAGCAUUCCCAGGUUAGAACUCUCAGCCGCUGUCAUAUCUGCCAGAAUGAGUGUCAUGCUGAAAAAUGAGCUGGAAAUGAAGAUUGACCAAGAGUUCUUCUGGACAGACUCGCAGGUCGUUUUAGCAUACAUUAACAACGAAGCCCGUAGGUUUCAUGUUUUUGUCGCAAAUCGAGUGCAGCUGAUACGAGAUGUCACAGAUCCUAGUCAGUGGUGUUACGUAAAUACAACAGAUAACCCUGCUGAUUAUGCAUCUAGAGGGCUUAAUGCGUCUGCCAUCUCUACAUCAAUGUGGUUAUCAGGACCCAAAUUCCUGUGGGAACAGGAAGUAAAUGCAACACCAUAUACACCUGUGAACCUGCUUGUCGGUGAUCCUGAAGUUAAAUUAGUCCAAACCUUUGUGACCUCAGUCAGAGACGGAGCAGACAUCCUCAGUCGCUUAAGUCGAUUCUCUUCUUGGUCUAUGCUUCUAAGGGUGGUUGCAAGAAUAAACAGAUUGGGCCACAAACAGAUGUACAACGGUGAUCAUGUGACAGUUGAAGAACGUGAGAGAGCUGCUAAGGUGGUCAUCAAGCUUGUACAGCAGCAAGCAUUCUCAAAGGAAAUGCAAAUAAUUGAAAGAGGAGAAGCUCUACCAAAUUCAAGCGCACUGUACCCUCUGGAUCCUAUUUUGGACAAUGGCAUCCUCCGUGUUGGUGGGAGGCUAAAACACUCAUCUCUCAGUCAAGAUCUAAAACAUCCUGUAAUACUUCCAAAAGGUAACCACAUCACUAAACUAAUUCUGUCACAUUACCACACCAAAGUUCGUCACCAGGGAAGAAGCCAAACUCAAAUGGAGUUAAGAAUGAAUGGAUUCUGGAUCAUUGGAGGCAGUAAGUCCGUCGCUAAAUUCAUACACAAGUGUGUGCAAUGUCGGAAACUCAGACGACCAGCUGAAGAACAGCGUAUGGCAGAACUUCCCAGAGAACGUGUUGAGGUUUCCGCUCCAUUCACGUACUGUGGUAUGGACUGUUUCGGGCCAUUUAUUGUGAAGAGAGCUCGUAAGGAGCUUAAGAGAUAUGGCCUAUUAUUCACUUGUCUAUCAUCUCGUGCAGUCCAUAUUGAAAUGAUUGAGGACCUAUCUACAGACUCCUUUAUCAAUGCCCUAAGGUGCUUUAUCAGCCUCAGAGGAGCAGUUCGCAAACUUCAGUGUGACCACGGCACUAACUUUGUUGGAGCUAAAAAUGAAUUCACAAAAUCACUGAAAGAGAUUGACACCAACGCCUUAUGCUGUGCUUGA